AAACGAUAUACUCCGUACGUCAUAGUUGUAAAAUAUAAAUAGAUGCACCCAACUUGAACUGAGGAGUGAGGGCGUAGGUGAAAUUAUGAAUUAUCUAGAACAUUUUUUUAUUUUUUAUAAUUUCUGAAAGGACUUAAAUUUUAAUUCCAUAUAUACACCGAAUCUGAAUGACCAACGAUAAUAAAUCGGUGCCCCCAAAUCUGAUGGCAUCAUUCUAGCCCCAUACUUUAGAGAGAGAAAAGGAGUCACUCUGCACUGUUUAAAGAUAGCCCUGCCCAGCUUCACCACAGCUCUCUCUAGCUUCUGCAAACUCCAAUGGGAGAGGAGGAGAAGAAACCCGCCGCUGAAGCGAAAAAACCUGCUGCAACUAACGAGGACCCGCCCAGCGCCGCCGGCGGAGAUGAGAAGAAGGUCGAGGCUCCGGCGGAAGAAUCCAAAGAGCCGCCGCCGCCUCAAGAGAUUGUGUUGAGAGUUUUCAUGCAUUGCGAAGGCUGCGCUCGGAAAGUCCGACGCUGCCUUAAAGAUUUCGAUGGAGUUGAGGAUGUGUUGACUGAUUGCAAGACUCAUAAGGUUGUAGUGAAAGGGGAAAAAGCAGAUCCACUGAAGGUGUUAGAGAGGGUGCAGAAGAAGAGCCACCGCCAGGUGGAGCUCCUAUCUCCCAUCCCCAAGCCACCGCCGGCAGAGGAGGAGCCUAAGAAGCCGCCGGAGGAGGUUGCUAAGCCGGAGGAGAAAAAGCCAGAGGUGAUUGCAGUCGUUUUGAAAGCUCACAUGCAUUGUGAGGCUUGUGCUGAAGCCAUCAAAAGGAAGAUUUUGAGAAUGAAAGGAGUGGAGAGUGUGGAACCGGACUUCAAGAGCUCGCAAGUCACGGUGAAUGGCGUUUUCGAUGCGGAGAGCUUAGUAGACUAUGUGGUCAAGAAGACGGGCAAACGAGCGGUGGUGGUGAAGGUGGAGCCGAAAAAGGAAGAGAAGAAGACGGAGGAAGACAAAGAGGAGAAAAAAGAGGAGGGGAAGAAAGCGGCAGAUGAGAAUGAGGAAAAGAAGGAGGGCGAAGAAGGAACGACGACGGAUAACGCAGGGGAGAAGAAAGAGGAGGAAGGUGAAGUUGUUCAUCAAGAUGACCCAAAGUUGGAACUGAGAAAGCAUGAGCUGUACUACUAUUACCCCGCUCAAAGCCAUUACCAAAUGAAUCCUCAUCCUCACCAACAAAGGUUUGCCCAGGAGGUAUAUGGGUAUGGGUACCCAAAUAUGUUCAGUGAUGAGAACCCCAAUGCAUGUUCUGUUAUGUAAAUGAUGAUGAUGAUGUGGAAAGAAUGGCAUUUGAUCCUUUGGGGCCAUUUGGUCAUUUGACUGGUUGUGCUCUGCAUGUGGCCCUGUCUGGGUCAUUCAGCAGAAGUAGUUUAUGUAAUGUCUGCAACCAGUACUGUAGAAUUUGGUGAGUUUUUUUCUUCCUUUGUUUCUUGUCCUCCUUUUCUUCAUUAUAAUAAUAUUAUUGUAAUGGGUGCUCCAUACCGGAAAUAGACAGAGAGGUAACGCAUUAUAGUACAUGGUACUACAGCAUAUGACUAGAUUAUGCCC